AUGACCUCCGAAAUCAAUUUCACAUUUGAACAAGAAAGUUUAAAGACGAGAACUUCGACGGAUAUGAAACAAGAAACCGACACCGCGCUCUUGGUGGAGGUUUUGAGGAUCAUCGGACCGGGCUGCAGCUUGUGGGCCGAAGGGGAGUCCAGAUCUGCGUUGGAAUUCGACCCGAUCGAUUUCGAGGUUGUCGGCCGAAGGGGAGGUUUUUCUAUCGUCGCUUCGCCGUGCUCGCCUUCACCUGCUUCGCCGGAAAAGACCUGCACGAGGAGUGCGUCCCGUUGCUUCCUCAAACGCAUUGGUUGCCCGAGUCAGUGCCCGUCCACUACCCCAACUGACCCAAAGGCCAAAGCUUGUUACGUAGAUUGCAAUUCUCCAAUGUGCACUGCACAAUGCAAACAUCGGAAGCCGAGUUGCAAUGGGGCCGGGGCCGCGUGCUACGACCCACGGUUCAUCGGCCCGGACGGCGGUGUCUUCUACUUCCACGGCAAGAAAAAUGAGCACUUCGCACUCGUCUCUGACAAAAACCUCCAUAUCAACGCCCGCUUCAUAGGCCACAGGCCCACGGGCCGGGCCCGAGACUACACCUGGAUUCAGGCCCUGGGCCUCCGCUUCGGGCCCCACAACUUCUCCGUGGAGGCAACCACGGCCGACAAAUGGGACCAAAACACGGACCACUUGAGGUUCGGGUUGGACGGCAGAGAACUAGUCCUGCCACGUGGCCACCUGUCCCAGUGGAGAUCCGAAAAUGGUGACGUCACAUUGCAGAGGAUAACGGACACCAAUAGCAUAGUCUUGUCCGUAAAUGAGAUUGUGGAGAUUGGGGUGAAUGUUGUUCCCAUAACGAAAGAGGACGACAGGAUUCAUAACUACCAGCUGCCGUCGGGCGACUGCUUUUCGCAUCUCGAGGUGCAGUUCAACUUUUUUGGGCUGUCCAGAGAGGUGGAGGGUGUGUUGGGCCACACGUACAGGCCCGAUUAUGAGGCCCCGUCUAGAUUGGGCCUUGCGAUGGCGGUGGUUGGUGGGGAGGAUAAGUAUAGGACCACAUCGCUUUUCGCAGCCGACUGUAAGAAAUGCGUUUUUGAUCAGAAUGGGUUUGCGCAGGGCUUGGGGGAUGUAAUGGAUCAGGGGAGCAUGGAUUGUUCGGGUAAGUUUUCCGGAGGAAAUGGGAUUGUUUGCAAGAAGUGAUUGAUCCCUUUAUGUAUGGAUUGGAUUGAUGACCCAGCUUGCAUUUGCGUAGGUUCAUGCAAUUUAUCUUUUAUUUUUUACUAAUUGCUUGGAAAUCCCUUUAUUAUAACACUUGUUCUGUAUUAAAUCGCUAUGACCAAAUUUACCGUUGGAAGAUUAUGUAUCCGCAACUUCUGUUGAGGCAUAAACAAAGACAAUUUCUAUUUAGCAGCUUGCUAACUGUGUGACGUGCGACUGAAUCCCAAGCAAAUGAUAUUGUAAUUGUGAGAAUGUGAAAAAAUUAU